UUUAAUAUAAAAAAUAUCUUAUACAAAUAUAUAUUAUUGCUAUCUUAUUAAUUUUCUAUCUAUUUUUUUUAAAUGGAUAAAAAACCAUGCAAAUCUCAAGAUGUGGAAGUGAGGAAAGGGCCAUGGACAAUGGAAGAAGAUUUGAUUCUCAUCAACUAUAUUGCUAAUCAUGGUGAAGGUGUUUGGAAUAAUCUUGCUAAAGCUGCUGGGUUGAAACGUACCGGAAAAAGUUGCCGACUCCGAUGGUUGAACUAUCUCCGGCCCGAUGUGCGUCGAGGCAAUAUCACCCCCGAAGAACAACUCUUGAUCAUGGAGCUGCAUGCUAAGUGGGGAAAUAGAUGGUCAAAAAUAGCUAAGCGUCUGCCUGGAAGGACGGAUAACGAAAUAAAGAAUUACUGGAGGACUCGAAUCCAGAAACACAUCAACAAGCAAGCAGAGAUGUGUUCUUCCAAUACCAGUAACCCAGAAUUACAUGAUUAUCAAGCAAGCACAAGCCAGUUGCCCUGCAAUAGUCCUGUCGGUUUUACGGAAUCGUACUCCCCGAUCUCGUCGUUUAACCACGGCAACAUCGAACUGUUUCCCGGCCAACAGCAGCAGCAGAUGCAACAACAACAAGAGCAACAACAAGUCAUUGAUCAAUCGAACAAUGAAAACUAUUGGAGCAUGGAGGAUAUCUGGUCCAUGCAGGUGCUUAAUGGUGAAUAAACAAGAAGAUUAAUUAAUCACAUUUCUAUGGCAAAAUGUUAGGGUUGGUUAUAGAUGAGGCUGAGAUCUGAACUUGGUAUUUCUCAAUAUGUUAAUCUGGUUUAAGUAUGGCUUGUAAUAGGAUCUUAUAUAGCACUACAUAUAUAUUUUUAUAUAUUUAUAUAAUAUCCACCUAUACAUACAUAUACAUUAUGUAUA